AGUCAUAAUGGAAAUUCCACUGUCUUCCGGGGAAUACUCGGUACAAAUAAAAUCCUUACGAUUCCAGUCCCUUCACACACACAUUUUCGUUUAUUUUUUUUUACACAUUUCGACUUUGUUUACACGUUCCUGCUCUGUCUGCCCGUUUUAACUCCAACACCUACUCUUCCCCUUUCUCUUUUACUGGGCGCUUUGUUUUGCCUUCGCCGAGUGCUGACGCCAGUUCCCACACUUCCGCCUCCUCGCAGCCGGAGAGACGCCGGUAGUGACGUCACUUCCGCAUGCGAGUUCAGAAACGUGGCCUUAGUUCACUGGGAAAGGGAAGAGAGCAGUGCGGCCGCCGUUUUAUGCCCGCCCGUCUCGCGCUCCUAGGUACCAGUUAGUCGCGCGCGCGGGAAAAUGGCCGAUGUGGAGCAGGGAGCGGCGCUGCCGAGCGGAGUCCCGCCGCCCGACGUCCUAAAUGCCUCGGCGGCUAAUGGCACCGACGCGGCCAACGGAACGGCGACGCGCUUCGUGUCCACCCCCGAGGGCACAGCGCUGGCGUACGGCAGCCUCGUGCUCAUGGCGCUGCUGCCCAUCUUCUUCGGCGCGCUGCGCUCGGUCAGCUGCGCCAAGAGCAAGAAUUCCUCGGACAUGCCGGAAACCAUCACCAGCCGGGAUGCUGCCCGCUUUCCAAUCAUUGCCAGCUGCACCCUCUUUGGGCUGUACCUCUUCUUCAAGAUCUUCUCCCAGGAGUACAUCAACUUACUGCUGUCCAUGUACUUCUUUGUGCUGGGCAUCUUGGCACUGUCACACACCAUGAGUCCACUGAUGAACCGUGCGUUUCCCACCAACCUGCCCAACCGGCAGUACCAGCUGCUCUUCACCCAGGGCUCCGGCGAGGCCAAGGAGGAAAUUGUUAAUUACGAGUUUGACACCAAAGACCUGGUGUGUCUAUGCAUCAGCACCGUCGUGGGCAUCUGGUAUGUCCUCAAAAAGCACUGGGUGGCCAACAACCUUUUUGGUCUGGCGUUUGCCCUCAAUGGUGUCGAGCUGCUGCACCUCAACAACGUCAGCACAGGGUGCAUCCUCCUGGGGGGGCUCUUCAUCUACGACGUCUUCUGGGUUUUUGGGACCAAUGUCAUGGUAACAGUGGCGAAGUCCUUCGAAGCACCAAUCAAACUGGUGUUUCCCCAGGACCUGCUGGAGAAGGGCCUGGAGGCCAACAACUUUGCCAUGCUGGGCCUUGGAGACAUUGUUAUUCCAGGGAUCUUCAUUGCGCUACUCCUGCGGUUUGAUGUCAGCCUGAGGAAGGAUUCCCGCACCUACUUCUAUACCAGCUUCCUUGCCUACAUCUUCGGCCUGGGACUCACCAUCUUCGUCAUGCAUACCUUCAAGCACGCCCAGCCUGCCCUGCUCUACCUGGUCCCAGCAUGCAUCGGCUUCCCCGUUGUCGUGGCUCUCGUGAAGGGAGAGCUGACUGACAUGUUCAGAUACGAGGAGUCCUCCCUUUCAGAGGCGGAGCCUGCGCCCAAGGAAGAGACAGGGCUGGAGAAGAAGGAAAAGUAGUAGCUCCUCCCACUGCCCGUCACCACCUCGGUUUCCCUCAAGCCCCAUCCCCCACGCUCCUCACGCACCAGCAGGUGGUGCUGUCGACGCCUUUGUAUGUGGAAUUGGUUUGUGUAUUAAAUGAAAGUGCGACAUCAGCUACCCUGUAGCAUCCAAGUGGUUUGUUUGAGCGCGACGACGGUUGUUGCCCCUCCCUUCCACUUUUGUAUCAUUAUUUAUACGUGUCGCCCUCCGCUCGCUCGUGGGCUUCGCCUCGUCUCGCUCCUCCUCCAGGCCAGAGCUUAACAUAUUUGUUGCAUUUGUUCCAUUUACGGUCAUGCUUUUGUCAUUACGAACGCGCAAAUACGUUUCCGCGACCCUUGUGCUAUUUCUCCUUCACGGUGUCCUUCGGUUUUUUUUUUAGCCCGAUUGUCGGAAAAGAAAAGGCCUUUUUCCCAACGAAGGCGGAUGUGUGUUCGUUUUUUCGCUACCUGCGCACGUGUUUGUACUACGGACAUUUUAUACACGACUUUCUAGAAAGUUCCGUUUGUUUGGCCCGUUUUUAACGGGCGACUAUGGACUCCACCCCCUUGCUAUCCUGGGGGGUCCUGGCUGUGCCACUGAUGCUGUUUGAAACGUUGACUCCACCGGUUGCAGGACGCCUGCCCAGCUGCAGCGACAAACUUUCCACGGAGCCCAUGGGGUCCGGUGCGGUCCACGGUCAACGGUGCCACCUGUGACCACACCAGCUGCUUGCCUUGUUUGGGUCCAAAUCCUUCCUUCCUGCCCUCCAUUCCGGUGGAUGUGUGACACCCGUGUGGACCGCUGGCCGUGGACUGACGUCUGCAUCCGACUUCUAUUACACCCCUCGCGCACGAGGACUGUAAAAGUGUUCCUUUUGUCUAUCAUGUGUGUGUCACAUGUCACAGGUUCACCCCCCCAUGGAGGUCCCAGGCCCUCUGGUGCUCACCCGGGAAGGUCGCUCAUGUGUUCACCUUGUUCUUCUGCCUUUUCUGGUUCCAUUUUUCAUUUCCCUCCUGAGGGACGCUCAUUUGCCCAGCUCAUUUCCUCAAUUUGUAUAUUCAUAAUCAGCUUCCACUCUGAGCCUCACGUUGAACCUGGCCUUUUUGGGGGAUGGGGAGUGAGCAGUGUCUUUACUUUGUUUGUUUGCUUUUUCUGGAAAGGGAUGUUCUGGACCGUUUGCGUUGUCAUUCUGAAGGGGUACCGUGUCCACGCUUUUUGCUUGGUGUGUAUUGAAUUGCUGUUCUGCUUAUCGAUAUUUCCUCCUGUUGUACCGGUGCGAGCGGACGCUGCCCUCCUGCGGUGAGCGGCGGCUCCUUUUUGCAGUAAAGCGUGGUGUUUACCACAGUAGA